GAUCGUCAGCCAGGUGCACAGAUUUCUAUGAUCUGUGGCCGUGUCUUGGAAUACACAAGCAACGCUCUUCGCCUAGGUAGAUAGCAGAUGCGAUCUAUUGUAAUAUACGUCCUUCAAUUGACUAGCUAUCUAUUAAGGGAAGAUGUCGAGGCUGGCGUAUGUAGCUGUACCUGCGUGACUUCAGAUCUAGAUCAUAAUGUGAGGGAAAACUUCAGUGAAGCAUGAUGUCGUCAGGGUACGUCAGCAUGUCUCUUAAAACUUGUAACUUGAACAAGAACAUGGGUCAUGUCAAACUCAAAGCGGCAUCAGAUGACCUGUCAUAUGUCUCUAUGGAGGAUGAGCUGACCUGUCCGGUGUGUCUGGAGUUGUACGCUGAUCCACUGAUGCUGCCCUGUUCACACAGCAUCUGCAAGAAAUGUCUACAGGACAUCCUUUUAACACGUUCCAAAAAUAAGAAGGAAGGUUUGGAGUGUCCAUCCUGCAGGGAUCAUCAUGCUUUAUGUCAGGACAAGGUUGAAUCACUACCCCGCAAUCUUGCACUAGAAAACAUUGUUUUCCGAUAUCAAGAGAUUCAGAGCAACAGCCUCUCAAAAAGUAAAUCUCUUGAUCUGUCAGCAUCCUCCAGCCGCGUCUUGGACCUGUCCAUUGGAUCUGAUGGAACACUAGAUCUUCCAGUGUUCAGCGAAGAAGGAAGUGAUGUCAGUACAAGUAUGUGUGAGCUGUGUGAUGAUAGCAAAGAGAGAGCAAGGUGGUUCUGUCAUCAGUGCAACAUUUACUACUGUCAGCAGUGCUUAGAGAGCUGCCACCCCCGGCGAGGCACUUUACGGCAUCAUCGCCUGUCUUACUCAGGGCUGGUGGAAAAAGAAGAAGCCGUACAUUGCAAAGAUCAUGAUCAUGAAGUAACGAGCAUUUUUUGUGACUCCUGCAAGAUCCUCGUUUGCCAUUUGUGCGUAUGUGAGGGGACAGGUCAGCACAGUGGACACACCUUUCUGGACCCCGACACUGCUGCUAAACGCAUUAAGUCCUCAGCACAAGAGUACAAGUCUCAACUAGAUAAGAUGUUGGUGGCUACACAGCUGGCACAGAGAAGUGCUGAGGCUGUGGUGGCAGAAAUCGAGGGUGUGCAGGAAAUCGCAAAGCAGUGGGUGGAGAGUCAGUACCAGCGACUUGUUCGUGAUUUGACCUUUGUGGCCUCCACUGCCAAGAGUUCUGCCCUUGCUCAGCUGCAGGCUAGGCAGGCUGAGCAGGUGACGGCCUGCCAGUCACACAUUGCUGCCAUCACCAGCCACUUGCAGCAGUUGCAAUCAUUGUGCAACCGAUGCAGCACUGUGUUGGACCUCAGCAGCAAGCAGCAGGUGCUGCAACAAGCUAGCAGCCUGACAAGUAUGGCUCAGUCACUGCAGGAUACAGAGACAGCGCAACAAGCCAUUACCUCAAGUCAUGAUGAUAUCAUCAACUCCACAGAAACUGUUCGGCGCAUCAAGGCCUCAGUCGCUGAUUACCGUAAGUCAGUCUACAGGAUGUUGCAUGUUAUCACAGGAGACAGCACGCAGCAGUGCAAAGUGAUAAUUCCAGUUAUACGCUCCAUGGCUACGACAUCACCUGCGCCAUCAGACCAAACCACCCCUGCUCAGACAGACGGUGUCACAAGCCCUGCAGUUGCAACUCAGACUGACAGUGCUGCUUCUGGGCCAAGCAAGCCACGAGGUCAGAGUCGAAUGCUUAUUUCAUGGGGGUUUAACUCCACAACCUUCAUGGCGGAGCCCCUGACUGGUUGCUGUCAGUGGUCAGUUACUGUGGAGAAGAAUACCAGCAAAAUUGGUGACGUCAAGAGUGGCUACCUUUUUGGUACAGGUGUGUCCAGCGUUGUGCUCAAUGCUAAAGACCAGGUUGGUUUAACAGCCAAAUCCACAGGCAUUGUCUGCAGCAAUGGGUGUCUGGCAUUGUGCUGCUCAGGCAAAAUGGAGACACUUAUGAAACUCGAUGACCUUCCCAUUGGAGUGACUAUCAGCGUCUCAUUUCAAAAACCAGUGGGAGUGAUUUUCUCCUAUUUAGUUUCAGUUAAAGGCUGGAGUAGAUGUUUGCAAGGGAAAGUUGUCAUACCUGACCUUGAGGACAGUGUCAAGGUUUAUCCAGCUUUUACAGUCAGUCAGAGGGUGAAGCUACACUUUCCAACCGCACAGUGCUCAACGCAAGAGGCUUCCUCACUUGAUUAAAUCUUAGAGAAAUUGAGUUAGCCUUUUUCAUUUACUAAAAUAUAAGAAGUAAAAGAACCAAACCAGCUGACACAUGGAAAUAUUAAGGCGUUUUGAAAUAAUGGAUUGUCGGAAAAGUCAAGACGCAUUUCUGCAACAGAUAAUUUUAAUUCACUUUUGAAAGUACUAGAAUCAUUUGCAUCAUUGUCAUUUGACAGCUGAUAGUUCUAAUUUCAUUCUAAAAGAAAAAUUUAGUGAGUUGGUAGAGUUUGGGAGAUUUUUCAAAGAACUGAGGAUAGACCAAACUUUGCAUUUGUGCCAUAUUUUGCUGGUUUACUUCCGAAAAGGGAAAAAUGCAUGUCAAACUUGUGAAAAGUUGCAGAAAGUUUAUUAUGACAAUGCUCUACAACAAUGUUAGUGCCAAUGGUGGUUCAUGAAAUUCCAUUCUGGGGAUUUUUAUCUCAGCGAUGCUCCUUGGUCAGGGAGGCUCAACAAGGUUCAUUACAUCAUAAUAAAGACAUUGAGUCAAACGCACAUGAUAUGAGAAAUUACAGAAACAUUGACUAUCCAUCAUUCAAGCAUUCAUGACCACCCGAAGAAGCUCGAUAUUUGGAUUCCUCAUGAAUGCAAAGAAGUUCAUUAGAAACACCUAUUAACAUCUGUGAUAUGCUCAUUAAACAUGAGGAAACCAAUCCUACUUUGAAGCAACUGAUAACUGGUGAUGAGAACUGGAUUGUUUACAACAAUGUGAUGCACAAACGGUCUUGGUCUUGGCGUAAUGAUUUGCCUCAAACGACAUCAAAAGCAGACAUUCAUCAGUAGAAGUGUGGUGUUGUGUUUUUCAAGUUCCUACCAAUUGAUUGCCUAAAUCAAUUCAAAUGUGUAUUGUCAAUGAGUUCAGAUGAGGCUGUAAAUCAGCACCUUGUUUAGUUUUUCAUCGAGAAAGAUAGGUCCUUUUUUGAAUGGGGAAUUAUAAAGCUCUUUGAAAUAUUGCAAAAGGUUAUCAAACAAAAUAGGUGAUAUAUUAUUGAUUGAUCUUUGUUCUUGAUAUAAAUAAACUACCUUUUGAAAAACAGAAAAAUACAUUAUGACUUUUUCAACAACCCAGUAGCUGUGAAUCUGCUCUCAGCAUUGUUCAUGUGGAUUAAUGAACCAUUGGAUCUAUAAAAUGGGAAAGCAAUGUCCCUGUAGUGGGUUGUUGAACCAUUUGUUACUCAUUUUUUAUAAAUAAAAGUCCUCAUCAGAACUUCUUUUUUUCAUCACCCUUUCACAAUUAUGAUGUUAUUUAUGUAUGGAAAAGUAAAAUCAGUUGCUUUUGUGACUCACCCCACCUUUUGAGCUCUUCAGUAGCAUUGCAAUAAGCAGGCUUGACAUUUAUUUGUUUUUCUUAUCACAACAUAAAAGGUUUUGUCUUACUUUAUGACUAACUUUUUUAGGCAAUGAUUUGUGUAUUUUUGGUGAUACCCUGUGAGCGAAUCAAAAUAACUUGUAAAAUAUGUACCCAUAUUGUGUUGAUCAAAGACAAUCUUUUUUUCAACGUGAUCUUGGAACAUGCUAUGUCCACUUGGCUGUUGGAUUGUUAUAGCCCUAAUUGCAAAGAACUUUUACUUAUUUAAAAAGCAGAAUUAAAUCUACACAAUCUGCUGUCCAUAAUUUGAGUGGGUUCAUUUUCUUUUUAGCUGAAGCCGAAAGAAUCUCUUAAAAAGUCUCCGAAGUCUAUCAACUGUAUAUAUGCUGUUAUUAGCAAGAUCUACAGCUGUUAGUUGCAGAAUGUACAGCUGUUGUUAGUUACAAAAGAUACAGAGCUGUUACCUGUAUGAUUUUUUUCAGCAGUUUGCAUGGAAAAAAAAUAAGAUCUUGAUCUUGACAAGAAUUUUUUUAAGACAAGGGAAAACUGUCAUGGGUAAUCUCAAAGCUCAAAAGUGUCGAGAUUAGUGGCUGAGCUACAUGCAUGUAAAAUUAUUCACAUUUAUCUGUUAUCAUAUAUUAAGGUAAUAUUAUAAAUAAAUGUCAGUUUUAUGUGUUCAGCCUGAAAUGCUGGAGUUUCCUUUCACAAUUUUGGCAAACCUCCAUGGCAUUUCAGGUAUUUUUAAUCUUGUUAACCCUUUACUGACUGCUCUAGAAACGUGCCAAAGCUGGGCCGUAUAUAGUGCAGGGACAGGUAGGAGCAGAUUGUGUUUCGAGUGCAAAGCACUCAUUUAAACCAAAGCAGUUACAAGCAAGGGACCUGGACAAUUCACCUGGUGAUUCUAGCUAUGACUGCUUUUGGGAGUGACCAAAGGUCACAUCAUGACUCAGCUCCAAUGUGUUCAUGGAUUAUGAUUUUCUAACGUAAGAUCAUAAAAGGUUAAAAAAAUUUUCCAGAAAGAUUAGUAGAGUGCCACAGAUGAAUAUCUUGUUAUUUCUGCAUUCCCUAUUUUCAUCUUUCAAACAGUUUUAACAUUAAGUGCUUGGCAGAACAAGAAGGGUGCUAGGUGGUGGUGGAGGUCUUCUAAUUAAUGUCCAAGAAGUUAAAAUUGUCAUUGCUCAAACUCUUCUACAGCCUGCUCACAAUAUUGUUGCUGACAUUUCUACGAAUGUGACAUUCUAAAUUUUUGUGUCUUCUGGAUUUAUGUAGAAAGACGCCAAGAAAAUGUAAAGUGGUAUAGCCUAAUAUACACAUACUUUGAUAAUGUGUGCACGUACAGGCAGAAAUUCUUGUUGACUUCAGUAAAUCGCUUCAAAGCACUUUGGCACUUAGGAGCUAUUCACUUGUGCUCAUCUUCACCAAAGGAAAAAACUUAUCCAUUGUUGUGGCUGGUGCAUCAAGCACCUCAGUUGUGAAAUACCUCGCUUGGUUGUGAUCAGAAGUACUAGGGAACAUUGGCUUAUUUCCUUCACAGUUUGGGGGAAGAGGGGAUUAUUGCACUAGUUUUUGGUUACUCAUACAUUUGUAUGCGGUAAGAGAUGUCGGCUUAUUUGAUCAUCACCAGUAUGUAUUUUGUUAAAUGCAAGAUUACUAAAGUAUAUAAUGUUUUUAUUGUUUUAGCAAUGCUAAUGUGAUGGAAUGGUGGUUUAUAACAUGUAAAUCACCUUAGGCAGCCGAACAAGUGAUAACACAUGCCCUUCAAGGGUGACUGUGUCAUGGAGAAUGUUGUUAGAGUUUUUCAGUACAGGGGGAUAAAUACCAUGUUGACUUUGGCUGCGCCUAUUUUCCUACACAAGUUGAAGAUCAACAUAGUUUUGCAUCAACAAGUAGGAAGAGCCUACUCUGGAUAUUUGGUGUUUGACACAUGAUGCUUGCAGACACUAUGUCCCAUAUCGCAAUUUUAUCCACAUAUUCAAUUUUUCGCUCUUGAGCUUCUGUAAGUUUUGUGCAAUGUCUUAGAAACUAAUAUUUAAAACAAAAUAAAGUUUUAUCAAGUGUU